AUGACAGUUGAAGAAGCUAUUCAAAUAAAACUUUCUGAUUUAAUAAUUGAAAGAUUAGAAGGGAAUGAAUUACAACUUGCAAAAAUUUUAUAUUCAUUACUUCAUUCAGAAGAAGAAGAAGAAGUAUUUAAAGGGGUAUGUGCACUUAUAGAUGGAUGUGAAAAUAUAGGAUUUAAAAGAUUUAUAUUAAAAAUUAAACCAACAUUAUAUUCAUUUAUAUUAAUUAAAAACUUUGAAACUAGAUAUGAAAUUCUUGGUGGAUUAUUAGCAUUUAUUAGAACAAUGGAUAGAGAAGUUGAUGGAUAUGUUGAUUUUUGUAUUAAAAAUGAUAAAUAUUUUGUUCCAUUCUUACAAGAAGCUUUAAUUGAUCCAGAAGUAUCUCAAGAACAAAAAAGAAAUAUUCUUUUUACAAUUAAAACUAUGUUAAAUAAUACUCAACUUGCUGGUGUUGUAUCUUCAUUUAUUCCAUCUGUUAUGUUAGAAUAUUCACCUACUACACCUAAUAGAGAUCUUGCAGCAUUUAUAUUAUUUAGAAUUGUUAAUUUAACAUUACAAAAUGAAGUAGUAUUUAUUAAAAAUAAUGGAUUUGAAAGAAUUUAUAAUAUUAUUGAAUCAGAAGAUCCAAAUGAUAUUACAACUGGAGUAACUUUAUUGGUUCGUAUCUUUAGUGGAAAAGACCAAAAAACAAUGAAUAUUUUUAAUAAACAUCUUCUUCAAACAAAUUUACUUGAAAAACUUAGAAAUUAUCUUGACUCAUUAAAAGGUGACUUAUUACUUAGAGUACUUAAAUUACUUCGUUUACUUAUUAGAAAUGAAGGAAAUCUUCAAAGAUUUUGUGAAGAAGGUAUUAUGUUAUAUUUAAUGUCUUUAAUUGAAUUUCCAUUUAAAGAUGGUGUUGAUGGUGAAUGUGUUUCUGUUGCAUUUAAUAUUAUUCAAUAUGUAUUUUAUUCUCCAGAAACAAAGUCAUUACCAAAAGAAUAUGGUUUUACUAAUAAAUUAAUUCAAGGUAUUCAACACCAUAAAGAAUUACAAUCUUUUACUAUUGAUGUUAUUCUUAAUACUAUGAAUAAUGUUCUUUAUGAUGAAGAAAUGGUAAACCAAUUACUCUUCUUCGACUGCAUAAAAGUUUUAACUGAAAAAAUUAAUGAAUUAACCCCAAAACAACAAACUCUUGCAUUAAAUAUUUUAGCCCAUUUACAAACAUUCCAAAAUACUUUAAAUGUUUCUUCAAAGAAAGAACAAAAAACAGGAGAAGUUCAAGGAAAUAAUAUGCAAAAAGUUCUUGAAUCAAUGCAUUGUGUUAAAGAAGAACAAGCUAAACAAGAACAACCAAUACAAGAAAGUAAUAUUUAUAAUAAUGAAGUAUCAACUAAAGAACCUAUGAAUGCUAGUGAAGGAUCACUUAAUAUUUCAUGUAUUGGAGAAGAAAAGAAAGAAGAUGAUUCCUCUACUCCUAAAAAAUCUACUUUUCAAGCAGGUAAAAAGCAUGAAGGGUCAAGAGCACAUACUUAUCUUGGAGAACGUAAAUCAAUUAGAAUUGAUAAAAAUAAGGCUGUUACUAAAGAUAUGUUAAAUCUUCCUACAUUCUCUCAAGUCGCAAAUUCAAGUUCAAAAGUUACUGUUAAUGAUGCUCAAAUGCUCGCUGAAUUAAACUUAAAGAAAGAAAAGAGAAGAUUAAUUGUUCAAGAAAUGUAUACAACCGAAAAAACUUAUGUUAAUCAAAUGGAAAAAUUCGUCACUACUAUCCUUCCUACUUUAAUUCAAUUAAUGCCACCAGCUGAAGAAAUGAUUGGUAAUUAUAAAGAUAUUUAUGAAUUACAUAAAGAGUUUUUAAAGAAAUUAGAAGAACGAUUUAAUUCACAAAAAGGAGAAGCACUAAUUAUUGUAUCAGAUAUAUUUAGAGAAUUAUUUAAUAAUAAAGCACUUCAACCAGAAUAUCUUAAAUAUUUAUCUCAAUCAGAAGAGUCUUUAAAAUAUAAUUAUGCUGGGUAUUCUUCUCAAAUGAAAGCUCAAAUUACAAAGUGGACUCAAUCUUGUAUUGUUUUACCUAACUUUUUAAUUCUUCCUGUACAACGAUUACCUCGUUAUAUUUUACUUCUUGAAACUUUACUUAAAUCUACACCAGAAAUAGUUCAAGAUGAAUAUCAUGCAUUAAAAGAAGUUUAUUUAUUAGGAAAGAAAGUUACUACAGAAAUCGAUCAAGAAAAGAAGAAAAUGGUAAAAGCACAAGCUUUAUUAAAUUAUUCUCGUACUAUUCAAAAUUAUUCUGCUCCAAAUAAUAGACAAUUUUUAAGAGAUAGUAUUAUUACAGUUAAAGCAAAAUCUAAGCUUGUUGCUACUGUUAUUUUAAUGAGUGAUAUGUUAUAUGUUUGCACAAAGAAAAAACAUAUAUUUAUUCCAAAAUAUACUAUUAGUCUUCUUAAUGCAGGUAUUACUUCAAAUAAUUCUGAUCCAUCAUUAAGAACAAUUACAUUAACUUCUUCUCAACCAAAAGAACCAACUCUUACUUUAUUCUUCCCUGUUGAUGUUGAUUUUGAUGGUUGGUUACUUGAUUUAAAAAUGUGCAUCAAAGAAUAA